AUGACCGCCGAUGGUUCUCAUGGCAUCUGCUGGGGAGCCUCCGAUUGGAGAGGCAGUGCCAAAAACCCGUUGAUUACUGUAGCGCAUUCGGACUACUUUCACGGUGACGUGGGGAACCCCUAUAGACGAAGUGUCGACAACACAAGCCAUGAUGUCCGGGGACAAGCCGAGGACCCUUCAACGAACGAGUUUGCAGCGCAUCUCGCCACCCUCGACUUUGAAGAGCUCGAGAAGAAGUUCGAGGACGAUCCAGCUCUAGCGGCCCGAGAAGACGCUGCUCUCAAUGCCGCCGUGGCCAAGCUGCAACGCUCACAAGGUGAGCCAGGUUCUCCACGGCUACAUCCACGCGACAUGACCAAGAAGACUCUCAGUAAGCGUGCCUUGCGCCUUGGCACGUGCACUGCGGUGAGAAACGACCCUGAAGGCAUAACUCAAGACUGCUACUGUUAUGAGUCCACCAACCAGGUCGGCACAUCUGCUAGGUAUAGCGUCACCUGCCAAGGCAACGAGGCGGCGACCAACUCCUGGAGCCGGGGCAUCAUGUUCGAUGCCGUGGGGAACCUGCGAUACCUCAUUGAGCGACUGAAUGAGUUCGGCUGGAAUGGACUGGUCACCGUUGCCGGCUCGCACGCCGGAACUGUGCUUUUCGUCCCACAGAACACGCGGCAGCAACCCUCGGAUCGGUCUGCGAACUGCUGCGAGCUUCUAAUACACAACGUCGUCACGAAUGCCAACAUCCUGCCGAGAGAUUGUUUCUGCCACCAGGACGCCCCUUACCAGGGAUGGAACAUGAUGACACAGAACCCCAUGGACAUCGUUGCUAGUUAG